CCUUUAUAUCUGGUGCUCAAAACUGAUCAACAAACAGAUAGACAAAACACAACUAGGGAGAAUAAACGCGUAAUCAACCAGAGUCGAGAACAUUUAGGGAAAGAUUUUAAUAAACCACUCGAUUGAAUAUGAAAGUUCGAGUUGCAGUUGUUCAAGAUUGUCCAAAGCUUUUGGACUUGGAAGGAACUUUGGAUAAAAUUGAAAUAUUAACAAAAGAAGCGGUAAAUGAAAAUGCUGAAUUAGUUCUCUUUCCAGAAGCUUUCAUUUCGGCGUAUCCUCGGGGAUUAGAUACUUCUCCCGGUAAAGCCAGAGAAGUAUGGCUAAAAUACUGCAAAAGCUCAAUUUUAGUUCCUGGAAAGGAAACAAAUCGCUUAGGGAAGGUAGCCAAGUCUUUUUCGAUAUACUUAAUUAUUGGGGUAAUUGAAAUUAAUCCCUUAAGCCAAGGGACUCUCUACUGCACCUUGUUAUAUUUCGGUCCCGAUGGAAGUUUAUUAGGCAAGCAUCGAAAGUUAAAACCAACCGAAAAGGAGAGAGUACUCUGGGGAGAAGGAGACGGGAGUACGCUAAAGGUCUACGAUACAUCUAUAGGUAAAAUAGGCGGUCUCAUUUGCUGGGAAAACUAUAUGCCGUUGGCUAGAAUGACAAUGUAUAGUCAAGGUGUGCAAAUUUAUCUUGCUCCAAAUGCCGACUACUGCAAAGCAUGGCAAAAUACAGUUAAGCAUAUCGCUCGAGAAGGUCGGUGUUAUGUGCUGGCCUGCAAUCAAUACGUGACAAAAGAUGAUUAUCCUCCUGAUGUAUUUAAGUUCGAAAGAAAUCCAGAAGAUGAUGAUGGUGAAAGCGAUGAUAGCGGAACGUUGGACGUGGUUAGUAAUGGAGGGAGCGUAAUUAUAUCACCCUAUGGAGACGUUAUUGCGGGACCUUUAUUCGGUGGAGCAGGUAUUCUUCACGCAACUUUGGACAUGGAUGAUGUAGUCAAAAGCAAAUUUGAUUUUGACGUAGUGGGCCAUUACUCUAGGAAAGAUAUUUUUAGCUUUUCUGUUAAUAACAAAGAGCAAUGUUAA